AUGGAAGGACUGUCAACACGGAACAAAAAGCACACAUUCAACGCAGAGAAGUCUGACUGGUCGCUGGAGAUGUCCAUUGAGGGACGAUUAGAGGUUACUCCCAAGGUUUCUAUUUGCUCAGGACAUGACGAAUAUCCGAUGGAGUUCCUACCAAAUGCAUCCGCGGACGAACAGUAUACUUAUGAGGUGGGAUUUGUGAACUUUCAUAUGCGAAAGAAGUGUACUAUACUGUUCCAGCUAAAAGGAUCAAGGCACCUCGCACUCUUUCAAAAGCUCAGAGUUGGCGUAGGAGAACUGGACAACAAUGAGAGGUUUUAUAUUAAAAAGAUGCGUCUAGUAAAUGAAACUACCAAGACCGUACUUCGAUUUCCUAAUGUCGAUACCGAAUACGAGAGCAAUCAAGUGUACGAGUUCUCGCCUGUCUACCCAGAUAUUCAACCAGCUCUUAACAUUCUCUACACUAUUACACUGGCGACCACUGCCAGCAAUGGAACGUUCCGAGCCAAUCUUAACAUUAUUGGUGAGGAUGGCAACAGCGGCAUGAGAACCUUCCACGACGAUGUCCCGUAUGCGGAAGGCUCUGUAAGUUCUUAUACAGUCUUUCUUAUAAAGUGGAGUUGCAAGUGCCGGCAGUGUGUAUGCCUACUUUAG